AUAUCACAGAUAUUUAGCAACAACGAACUUAUAUACUUCUUCGUUGUUUUCAUCUUUGCGGAAAAGAUGAUGGUCACGAAAACAUGGCGGCCAAGCAGGGACUUGCUUUUUCAUGACAAGCCUCACUGGCCAAACAGUCCAUAUGCUUGCCUUGUCUCACCGAUAGCCGUAGCUGGUUACCCUAUACUACAGUUUUCCAAACAAAACACUUGCAGAUGAUUGACAUUUGACGUGUAAAAAAGAAAUUAAUCGUUUUCGGGCUGAAAAGUUUGCGAAGCCAUCCGCCGACAUAAUGUCGUUUUUCAUGCUUCCCAGUACCGUAGAAUAUGCUUGCGUUUGUGGGCUGCUGAAUCCGCUUACCAAGCUCUACUUCUGCCGUUACUGCUUGAAGCUCCGAUGUGGAUACUGCGUUUGUCAUGAGGUUGAUUCCCAUUUCUGUUCCAACUGUCUGGAGAAUAUUCCUUCGUCGGAAGCGAAAAUUCGAAAAAAUCGGUGCAACACGUGCUUUAACUGUCCAAGCUGUCAGCAUACGCUUUCAGUUCGUGCUUCUAGCGCGACGGUUGCCGAACCUCCUGCUUCCGGAGCAGAUGAUGUUAAAAAAGCAUCUACACCAGAACCCAGUGCUGUUUCUGGAAAGCAGGUUACACGUAAGAUGUACUAUCUAGCCUGCUUGAACUGUCGCUGGAGUUCGCGGGAUGUCGGCAUUCCGGAUCAGACCGUAGCCACCGGGCAGUGGCCAGAACCGGAGUAUUCAAGUGCAACGAGAUUCGCGCUUCUACUGGAACAUUAUCAAUCGGUAGUUUUACACGAAAAACAAGAAAAGCAAGAAUUGUGGCGUCGCAAAACACCAAAGCAAAGCAAGUUUCCCAGUUUAACCGAUCGAACCGGUUUGACGGUUUCGAUGAUACGUCGUCAGAUGGGAUGGUCCGACAGUAAAACACAGAUUAAGGCAACCCCGUCGCCGAUUAAUCGAUCCGUUGCAAGCGAACAAGUAGACGAACUCCCGGCGGAGCUUCUGACUAAAGAAAUCAGUCUGAAGAACAUCACAACUCUUCAGCAACGUUUGGCACAACCAGCCAAACAACCGUUCACGGUAAAUAAGCUAUUUCCACAGCACAAACUGCUGUCGAUUAAACGCUCUCUGCGUUGCCGACAAUGCGAUCACAAUGUUAUCAAAUCGGAAUACAAUCCGAGUUCGAUCAAGUAUCGAAUUGCGAUGUUUGCUUCUUAUCACGUUCCGGAAGUGCGGUUUGUAAAGUGCGACCCGCUUGCGAUGGGCCAAGAUUCCGUUCUGUUGUUGAAGAUUGUCAAUCCAACCAUAAAUGACAUGACCAUAACGAUUAUGGAACUGCCUACCGAAACGGAAGAGCAGCUGAUGAUUGAAGAGCUGAAAAUCGCUGCGGAAAACAGUACCUCUUCCUCGUUGGUCAUCAGCGGGCUGAGCACCAGCUUGGCAAAGCAAGCAAAUCUGCUGGAGGAUCCCCGGAUGGUCGCACAGAAAGUUAACGGAAGCUUUCGAUUGCCCGAUUCAUCGUUUGUCAUACAUCACCGGGACGACUCGGCCGAGUUUGACGAGGUGAUUCAGUCGCAGCAGGAGGAUCCAAGAUUCAUAAUUUGGCGGAAGGCGAACCAAGUGGCACUCAAACUGGCAGUUCAACCGAACGAAGGUUGCGUCGCGGGUGAAGAAAUUUGUAUCGGCUUUUCGCUGCAGUAUACCUACGUAAAUACAGUUUCUGAUAAGAGCAACACUCCAACGAAAGGACCACAGAAACAAGCACUCACAACCAGAAUCUACAUCAAACUUGGAAAGCUAAUCGCUUCAGCUUAAAACUCAUUGAUCAUUAACCGUUAAUUAUUUAUCCAACCGAAAGCUUCAAUAAAGUUUCUAUCAUCAAACAAA